ACGCAGUUACGCUGAUCCGGAAGAAUAUUUUCAUAAUAACUCUUAACCAUGCUCUUAACUGACCUUAUGCAUAAAAGCUUGGUUAUUCAGCACGAAUUUUGUAAGAAGUGAAAAUGAACUUGUUCAGAAAAGCCCUACGCUUAAUUUAUCCACGGCUGCCGUUUACUUACGGGAGGUGCAGGAGAUAUUCUGCUAAAACUGGAGGCGUUGAGCGGGCCAUCACUGCGUUUCGCUCGGUUAGCGGGGAUGAAGGCGUGUCUGUGGGGUCAGCUGUCAGAGAACAGCACGGCAGGGAUGAGUCCGUGCACAGAUGUCUACCACCAGAUGUGGUGGUGUUUCCUCGGUCUGUAGAUGAGGUCAGUGCUCUUGCCAAAAUUUGCCACCACCACCAACUACCCAUCAUCCCGUUCGGUACAGGAACAGGCCUGGAGGGAGGUGUUGGUGCUCUGCAGGGUGGAGUGUGUUUCAGUCUGAGAAAGAUGGACCAGGUCCUUGAUCUUCACCAAGAGGAUUUUGACGUGACGGUGGAGCCAGGUGUGACGCGCAAAGGCCUCAACUCAUUCCUGCGAGACACUGGCCUCUGGUUUCCUGUUGAUCCAGGUGCCGACGCAUCUCUCUGCGGCAUGGCUGCAACUAGCGCAUCAGGCACAAACGCCGUCCGUUAUGGCACAAUGCGCGAGAACGUCCUGAACCUGGAGGUGGUUCUAGCAGAUGGAGCAGUCCUCCACACAGCAGGCAGGGGGCGUCGUCCAAGAAAGACAGCUGCUGGUUACAACUUGACAAACCUUUUUGUGGGCUCGGAGGGAACUUUGGGUAUCAUUACCAAAGCCACACUUCGAUUGUAUGGUAUUCCUGAGAGUAUGGUGUCAGCUGUCUGCUCCUUUCCAUCCGUCCAAUCAGCGGUGGACAGCACCGUUCAGAUUCUGCAAGCUGGGGUGCCCAUUGCCCGCAUAGAGUUCUUGGAUGACGUGAUGAUAAACGCCUGCAACCGCUUCAACAACCUGUCCUACGCCGUAACGCCCACUCUCUUCCUGGAGUUCCAUGGGAGCUCCAAGAGCAUGGAAGAGCAAGUGUCCAUCACAGAGGAGAUCACGCGUGAUAACGGAGGUUCGGACUUUGCCUGGGCGGAAGAUGAGGAGACCCGGAGCCGGCUGUGGAAAGCCCGUCAUGAUGCAUGGUACGCCGCUCUGGCCCUGAGGCCUGGAUGUAAGGCAUAUUCUACAGACGUCUGCGUGCCUAUCUCACGACUACCUCAGAUUAUAGUGGAGACGAAGGAAGAUCUGAUCAGCAACAAUAUUACUGGUCCUAUUGCAGGUCAUGUGGGUGAUGGAAAUUUCCAUUGUUUAAUUGUACUGGAUCCUAAUGACCCAGACGAGGUGCAAAGGGUUCACUCCUUCACUGAGAGAUUGGCCAGGAGGGCACUGGCGAUGGAUGGGACUUGUACCGGUGAACAUGGGGUCGGCCAAGGAAAGCGGGCUCUGCUUAGGGAAGAGGUCGGUCCUUUGGCCAUAGAGGUAAUGCAGGGCCUCAAGGCCAGCCUGGACCCCAAAAACCUUAUGAAUCCAGGAAAGGUGUUGUAAUUCCCCCAAACCAACACAGAAAUCAAAAAUAUAUACUCUGCACUACACUUUCUGACCACUAGUGGUCAGGAGAAUGAUGUUUGUUUUAGAUUUUAAGAAAAAUAAUGAUUUACAAAAUCUGCAUUUUCUUUGUGAAAGGUGGAUAUAUCUCAAGCUCUCUGCGUGAACAUUUAGAAGUUCAAAACUUAUUAUGUAGCAUCGUUCUGAAAACACAUUAUGAAUGUACAUGGCUGAAUUUUCUAAGACCCUGGAAAAAAUAUAAUUCAAUUCUUUUAUUUUGCUUUUCCGUGGCAAUCUGAUACCAUUUUGAAAUGUGAAAUCAUAGGGCCGUGACAAACUUGUGUUUAGUCUGGCCAUUUCCCCUUCUACAUAUCUGUGAAUAUAAUUAUUAUUGAAAUGGAUACAUUUGCUUAUGAAAGAGAUUCUGUGAAGCAGAACUCUACAUCUGAUGAGCUAAAUGUUAUGAAGAAAAUAAAAAGUGCUCACAUAA